AUGAUAUUUUUACACUCGUGUUUAGCUGUAUAUGUUCUGGUAAUAUGUGCAAAAGCAAAUGUAUUGGAGAGACAGGCGCGCCAGUCUGGUGUGUUCCGGUUUGCCAAUUAUUACCAGAACUCUAUGGUCCUACAGCGUGCUCCGACACAGGCUAACGUCUGGGGCUAUGCUGGUUCUGUUGCGGUUGGGACAAGUGUAAAUGUCAAUGUCGCAGGAAAAGAUUACACCACGACAGUUCAAACUAGUCCAGCAGGAAACGUUUGGGAGGUCAAAUUGGAUGCCAUUGCAGCAGGCGGACCUUACACAGUUACAGCGACCUCAAGCGGACAAACAGCAACACUGACUGAUGUACUUUUUGGAGAUAUAUGGCUAUGUUCCGGGCAGAGUAACAUGGAACAUCCAGUUCAUAGGAUGGACGAUCCCGAUGACGAGAUGAACAAUGCCGGUAGUUUCCCUAAUGUCAGAUUAAUGAACGUUCCUCACUUGGAAAAUGCUCAGCCUCAGUACGAUGUAUCCAGCAUCGCUUUACCUUGGCAAAGGGCUAGUCGAAAUGGAGUGUAUUGGUUCUCCGCUAUAUGCUGGCUAUUUGGUAAAGAAAUACACCGAAGGCAAAACAUCCCAGUGGGAUUGAUUGGAUCAAACUGGGGAGGAACUCGCAUCGAGGCUUGGAUGUCGCCAGAAGCACGUGGAUCUUGUAAUGCAGACACUGAGAGUAUUCAGGGUCCAAACGAUCCAUCUCACCUGUGGAAUGCCAUGGUCCACCCUUUCCUCCCCAUGGCCAUGACAGGAGCACUAUGGUACCAAGGUGAAUCAAACAGGAAUAACGCAGAGCAAUACGCAUGCCUAUUUCCGGCAAUGAUCAAUGAUUGGCGGGCAAGGUUUAACGCCAGAGGGGGAACACCUGGAGAUUUCCCAUUCGGAUUUGUACAGUUGGCUCCAUGGAGAAAUCAACUCGUCCAGACAGGCUUUCCGGAUGUACGAUGGUCUCAGACAGCGAACAUUGGUUAUGUUCCAAAUAACAAUAUGCCCAGGACAUUCAUGGCAGUUGCAAUCGAUACCCCGGACUAUAAUUCACCUUGGGGAAGUAUUCAUCCUCGUUAUAAGCGGCCACUAGCCGAGAGACUCUUGUAUGGAGGUCUAAAUGUCGCUUAUGGUGAUGCAAGUGUGAGGCACCAAGGGCCCUUUCCAACUAACUUUACUUUGGACGGGUCUACUAGUAGUAUCAUUAUAACGUAUGAUAAUGGACAAACCCAACUUCAGUUUGGCACAAGUGGACCUUUCGAAGUAUGCUGUUCAACAUCCGAUGGGGCUACGUGUGGUGAUGCUGGGACGAGUUGGGAGGCCGCCAUAGUAUCGGAAGAAAAUGCCAGCAGUGGUGUAACGAUCACUUUCUCGUGCUUACCAACCAUGCAGAGCGUUGUUGGGGUUCGAUACGCUUGGCAGGAGUCCCCGUGUGAACUCAACAAUUGCUCUGUUUACAGCGUUGAAAACAAUCUUCCUGCACCUCCGUUUAUUCACAAUGGACUAAUUGGAUAGUUUGUAAAAGUUGUAAGAGUUGAAUAAUAAUUAUUUUGC